AUUGCAUAGUCCACAAACGUCAGGUCAUACCAUAAAUAUAAACAAAUAAACCAUAACAAAAACACCAAAAGGCAAAAACAAAAAAAAAAAUAACUUGCAAAAAUAAAGUGAAAAGUGUUUUGGAAAUUGAAAUAAAAUUGAUGGAAAUAUUCCACUAAAAUUCAAUCCAUCCAAAUAGUUUCAAAAUGGGUGCUCUCCUUACAACCAGACAACAGGAUGGUGUUGAAGAGAUUGAUUUCGCCUCCAAUCAUGCUUAUAAGUACCCACCAAGAUCAGGCAAUUAUUUUGGUAGUCACUUCAUAAUGGGUGGAGAAAGAUUUGACACCCCACAGCCUGAAUCAUACUUGUUUGGUGAAAAUACUGACCUGAAUUUUCUUGGAAGUCGUCCUACCCCAUUUCCCUAUCCUCCUCCACAACCAAAUGAACCUACUAAAACCCUGAAAAGCUUGGUGAACAUAAGAAAAGAAUCUCUUAGAUUUGUAAGAGCUGUCAAUGAAUACAACAAGAUCAAUUUGGAUAAAUGUGAAUACAGGGAUGUGGAACUAGGAACAAAUACAUCUUUCAAUAUUGAAUUUACUUUUGAUUGUGAUGUCAGAUGCACUAUUACAGUCUAUUACUUCUGCUCAGAAGAUUUUUCACCCAAUGGAGUCUCUUAUGUUUCUCGUGAACCCACUUUAACUUCAGAAACAUUCCACUAUGGCAAAGGUUCCAACCAGCAGUUUUGUCAACCAUCACACAUCUUCAACCCAGCUAAAUACAAUGAUGAUGAAUUACUCUAUGAUGUUGACAGGGAAAUCAUUCCCAUUGCCAUACAUUGUGUGGCUGAAGAGGGGCCAGAUGAUAUACGCCAGUCUCACACUACUGUGGCCACUGUGGAAAAAAUUACAGAUGGAACUUAUUUAUUGAAAGCACUCAAACAAAAGUUGUUUGUUGAUGGUCUGUGUUAUUUAUUGCAGGAGAUUUAUGGCAUUGAGAAUAAAAAUAAUGAGAAGGCUGGGGGAGAUGAUGACACUGAUGAUAAUGGCUCUGAAUGUGUCAUCUGCAUGUGUGACGUGCGGGAUACGCUCAUCCUACCGUGCCGACAUCUGUGUCUCUGCAAUUCCUGUGCCGAUUCUUUGAGAUAUCAGGCCAACAACUGUCCCAUUUGUCGGGCCCCCUUUAGGGCUUUGUUGCAGAUCAGGGCAUUGCAGAAGUGCGUGAAUCCCAAUGUGGCAACAAUCAGUCCACCAGAUGGCAGCUGCGAUAAUAUCCCUCCAGGUUAUGAGGCAGUGUCUCUCAUAGAAGCCCUGAACGGCCCUUGUGCCCCGCGAGCGCCCCCUUCGGCCAUGCCCGACUUAGUCGAAACCCCCGAAAACGAAAGAGCCAUCCAAGCUGCUCAAAUAUUGAACAGACAGUGUGAUCGCAGCACACCAACCAAAAACAGGGGGGGCAACAAUUCGCCAGGGUCGGACUAUGGUGGCUCAGUCAUGGUGUCUCAAAGAAGAGAGGAGGAUUGCAAAGAGAACCAGCAGUGCCCAUUGUUGGAGAAAGAGAGGAGAAGGAACAAGGAUAAUGUGAAGAUGUUGAAUGAAAAAUUGGAAAAGGAGAUUAAUUUGGACGAAGAUAGUGAAUCUGAAAAAUUGUCACCACUUUUGCAAAAAAACUGUUCAAUUAACAGAGGUGGAAAUAAUCUGGCGUUGGAUAUGGAAGACGUUGUGGAUCCUAUAGACGACGCUGAUACUGACCCAGAAGAGCAGAUUCUGCCAGAAAAGUCAAAGAAUUAUUCGCACUCCGGCGAGCGAGCCGACGAGUCGGACUACUACACGCCCGACGAGCCGGCCCCCGCCCCCCUCUACGACCCGCCCACGACGGGCAGCUCGCUGGAGGGCACGCCGCACCGGCUGCCCGGCACGCCCAAGUCGCAGGCGAGCGUGCGCAGCAGCGGCGACAGCUGCGCGAGCGCCUCCAGCACGAGAAGGCUGCUGGCCGUGGCGGGCGGCCCACUGCCAGACAGGGCGGUCGAUGUGUGAUGAAGAAUCGGGGGGGCUGGCUGCAGUGAGUUUGCGGUUUUUUAUACGGUUUUCUGGUAGAGCUUAGGCAAAGAUGAUACACACACUAUAUAGUCAACGCCUGUGUAAAAAUUGGCAACACUCCGAUGGGAUCUAACAGACCGGCGGCUAAUCGGCUGUGCUAUUCGUUGACAUAAUAUUUUUAUCCGAGUCGGUGGAAUACGCGGCGUUAUAAUGAAUAGAUGCGCACAGCGAAUUAUCACCGCUCUGUUCGUUCCCCACUUAGCGUUGCCCAUUCUUACAUUUACGGUGCUUAUCUCGUGUACGUAUGAUCUUUGGUCUAGACAAGUUGGAAAUAGAAUAUU